AACUGCACUAUGGAGGGGCCGCAGAUGCGUUUUAACUAUGUGUGGCUGAGAGAUCACUGCCUCUCUGCUGCUUCGUACAACUCCAAAACUAACCAGAGGAACCUGGACACUGGGAGCAUAGAUCUGACUAUACGUCCCGAAAGCACACGAGUGGAAGGAGACCACCUUGUUAUCACCUGGCCUGGUGGUCACAUGUCCAAGUACAGUCUCAGUUGGCUUACUGAGAACAGCUUUGAGAGAAAGUACCAGAGCGCAGAACAACCGCGCAUCCUCUGGAAUUCAGACAUCUAUAGAAAUGCAACCAUAACCUCAUCCAAAUGGGACACGUUCAUGAGCUGUGAUGACGAGCUAAAGAAAUUUCUUCAAAAUUAUCUUCUGUACGGGAUCGCGUUUGUAGACGAUGUCCCAGCCACAGUGGAAGCCACAGAGGCAGUAACCCAGAGGGUCAGUCUAAUCAGGGAGACUACCUACGGCAGAAUGUGGUGCUUCACUUCAGAUUUUUCCAGGGGAGAUACUGCCUACAGCCAGCUGGCCCUGGACCGUCACACUGACACCUCCUACUUUCAGGAACCGUGUGGAAUCCAGGUUUUCCACUGUCUCAAGCAUGAGGGAACCGGGGGAAGGACGCUGCUCGUUGAUGGGUUCUACGCUGCAGAAAAAUUACGUCAGAGGUCACCUGAAAGCUUUGAGCUGCUUGCUCAGGUGCCCAUCAAGCACGAGUACAUCGAAAAUACCGACAGGCACCAAAACCACAUCAAAGGCAUCGGCCCCGUGCUCAAUGUGUAUCCUUGGAACAAUGAAAUGUAUCUUAUACGAUACAACAACUACAAUCGAUCUGUGCUAAACACAAUCCCCCAUGAUGUGGUUCAGCGCUGGUACGCAGCGCAUCGAGAGCUGACCACAGAGCUCAGGAGGCCAGAGAACGAGCUAUGGGUGAAGCUGACUCCGGGGAAAGUUGUUUUCAUAGACAACUGGCGAGUCUUACACGGGAGGGAGUCUUUCACUGGCUCGAGGCAAAUCUGUGGAUGCUAUCUGACCAGAGAUGACGUCCUCAGUGCUGCCCGCUGCUUUGGGCUCCAGGCCUGAACGUGAAGUUUUCUUCACUUGACUGCCUUAUCACUCUGCCCACAAUACAAGUUUAAUUAACACUGCACUGAUACUGCUGGAGCAUGUUUUAUUUUGCUCUUCUGUAUUUUUUAAUUAACAUUUGAUUUUUUUUUUAAAGUUUAUGUGAAGUUAGAGUAUGAAUGUGUCCUGAAUUUUACUUGAAACAAAUGUCUAAAUCCUCAAAUGGCUUCCAGUUAUCAAACUGUGUUGUGAUGCGUUCUUUUUAUUACUUUUACUUCCAUGUGCUGAUCCUGUUUUUAUCACACAGCAUAUCCUCGACACUCUCACAAUACUCAGUAAACACAGCCUCUGACACUCAUGUGACAAAUCUUUUGAGGCACUCUGGUGAUUCAGAAAUGUUUUAUUUAAUCAUGAUCUGUAAAGUUUGCAUGUGAUACAAAACAAAUUGAUGGUUAAACUUACAUUUAUUACUUCUGUUACUACUGAAAAAAAAAGUUAUUUAAAAAAGUUUAAAACAGGUUAUAAUAAAAAUCAGAAAAAAAGACAAAACAAAAUCAUAGACUGAGCUGGUUGUGCACAUCAUAAGUAGUGCAACCUCAGUGUUAGUAACUUAGCAUAUUGAUCAUUCAUAGGAUUCACGAGUGCAAUCAAACAAUACAGAAUUAUUCACAAAGCCUAUGGAAUAAAGUACAUUCAAAACUGG